AUGUCUACGACACCCCGGAAGCCUGGAACGCCAGGCGGUUCGACCAAAUCUUCGCCCGCAGAAAAUCAUACGGUGAAUGGCACUCCAUCGCGAAGCCAUACCCGGUCUCCCAGUACGACUACGAAUGGAAUAUCUCGAUCUCCAUCCCUCCGUGGCUCGGGCCCAGUGUCAGCGCGGGCUGCGGCCAGAAAACCCGGUCGGUCCAACCUCAGCACCUCGAGUGUUCCAAAAGUGAAUCGCGAUCCUUCCGAGGAAGAAGCACGGGCUCAGAAUGCUGCCCUCAUCGAAGAGUUGAGGGAACAACUGCAGAAAGCCGAAACGGCUUCUGAGCAAUACCAGAAGCAGUUGGGUGUCCUGCAGAUGCGACUCGAUGAGGCCGUCAGUGAGCAAGGAAAACUGGAGGACCAGGCUCAUGAGAGGGACAGCAGGAUUGAAGCCCUCAAUGGUGAGAUCCGUGACCAUGUCCGGCAGAUACGUGAUCUGGAACAGGCGCAUGAACUGGAGCGGAACGCUAUGCUUCAGGAAAAGGAGCAGCAGGCGAGCCGGGAAGAAGAGAUGCAGGCCACCAUCCAGCGUCUUAAGGAUUCUCUAGCUCAGAGGGAGCGAAUCAACUCUGAUGCAGAUAAGAAUGUGUCUCGUUCUUCCAGUUUCCGUAAUCGGUCCUCGCCGGAUGUCGAUGGACAGUUUGCGCCCUCGUCUCAGAUUGAGCGGAGCCCGUCCCGAAGCAACUCCACACUGCUUUUGCAGAAGGAUAAAUUGAUCGAAUCCCUUCGCCUUGAACUGGCCGAAUCCCAAAUCAAACUCGUGGAGAUGGAAAACAAAGGUGGCGGCCGUCAACGGGAACUAGAGAAAGAACUUCUGGAGGCUCGUAUGGCCAACGCUCGUCUCAUGGAGGACAACGAGAGCUACCAGCUACUCCUUAGUGAGAAAACGCUUAAUGGUGACUUCACCAAGGGCGACUUCAUGCGAGAAGCCCACCCCGAAGCUGAAGAGACUAAGGAGUCUGGCAGCGGUUUGGGUUCGCUGGCUGAUGAACUUGAGUCUGUAGACGCAAGAGCGGAUAACGAUAAUAACGAUAAUAACCGCAAGCUCGAGGCAGAGAUCAAGGCGCUGAAGGACCAGAACAAAGCCCUCACCCUUUAUAUCGAGCGCAUCAUCAGCCGUCUCUUACAACAUGAUGGGUUCGAGACCAUUUUAGACAAGAACGAGAAUGACCCUCCUAAGCGGGCAAGUACUGAUAAGGAACUUCCACCGACGCCCUCCGACAAGGAGGAUGCUCAGUCUUUCUUGCAGAGAGCCAGAUCCGUCGUGGCUGGCCCGACGCAACGACCUCAACGGUCGCGUCCUUCCAGCAUGAUGCCGCCUCCUCCAACAAGCGCGGUCUCUGUCCCAGCGACGCCCCAUGAGAACCCGGAAACCGCUCCUAGCAUUCCCAUGAAUCGUGUCCAGGCGAGAGGCCAUCGCAGAACGAGAUCAGAACAGACCGAUGUUGCUGCCGCUGCCGUGGUUGGUCAAAUUUAUCGCGGGCGCAACUCUGGGGGCCCAAUGAGCCCUACGCUCAUGGGACCUGGAUCCCGCACAAGCGUCUUGUCUGGGGCGAGCUAUAUGUCUGGCAUGAGCGGUAGUAAUCGCGCCCCAUCGCUAUCCAGUCAACAUGAUCGCAGCCAGAUGAGCAGCUCCAACAGUGUUACGAGCGAGCCACCUGGCGAUACGGCUUCCACAGGUGCAACCUCGAGCUCUCCUCGUUCUAGCAACGGAAUGACAAACUAUACCGGAGCGGUAAUGACUCAGAGCAAGCUGCGCCCCUUGCGCCUUGUUAGUGAAACCAAGGCAGCAGACGACGAAGAAGCUCGGAAGAAGGCGAACCGUGGCAGUUGGAUUCCAUGGUUCAACCGGCCAAACACAGGUGAUUCUGCAUAA